AUGCACAGUAUGGACGUAGGGCCAUCGAUCGUGAUGAGCGAGGUGGACGCAUGGACAAACGAAACGUGGCUGCCAGGCUUUAAGGUGUCGGAUGACGCAAAGGUAGCAGUGGACAUUAGUGGUGCGUUUCCGAGAACGGGUAAGGAGAGUGUAUGGAUUCUGGACAGCGCUUUGAAUGUCCACUUGGUACGCGACGUCAGUCUGCUGCGGAAGGCUUUCAACUUCUCAGACACAUGGCGAACCGCAAACGAAGACACUUACAAGUAUCGCGACGAGGGACGGUCGUUCUGCGCACCGCCUACAGCCUGCGCACCGCCUACAGCAGCGCCUACAGCCUGCGCACCGCCUACAGCAGUGCGCAGAACGACCGUCCCUCGUCGCGAUAUUUGUAAGUGUCUCCGUUUGCGGUUCGCCAUGUGUCUGAGAAGUUGA